UAAAAGCGUCGUCGUUUCAACGGUUUGGUGAACAGGUGAAGGAUCGCAUCAGUUUUUAGUGGUAAAUGAAUACAUUUUCCCGUGUGGGAUGGUCGAAAUUUUGAGGUGCUCGAAUUUCAGUGAUGAAGGAUAAGAAUCAUGCUACGACGUCUUUGCUGAAGCGAAUUUUGGUCAAUUGUUCAGCUCAGGCCAAACAAUACGGUAGCUGUGUUUCCUCGAGGGUUCCAGAAGUUGAGCAUGACAUGUGUUUAAAAGAAUUCCUUCUGUUGAAAAGCUGCAUGCAGAACGUGCUGCGAGGGAAGAUUUGACUUUUAAGAAAAUAGACCAAUUGGGCAAUAAAGACUUCAGUUGCUCGAUUUCAUUUUAUUGAAGCUUUUCUAGGGUGGCAAGCUCUUCGUGCCAAAACUUUUAGUUGCAUAAUCGAGGAAGAGAAAUUAAGCAACAUGAUCGGAGAAGCAUCUUCUUCUAGUCAUUCUUGCUUCAGUGGAUCUAAUGCACUGUCACAUGUUUACAUACAAUACCCACCUUUAAGAUGCGAUAUUCCUGGAUCAAGGAGGUUGUUUUAUGAUGACGGGAAUAAACUAAUUCUCUCAUUAACAUCUAACCAGGUUUUUUCAUGGAAAACUGCUCCAUAUAACCCUUAUGCUGCUCCUUCAUCUGAUCCAAUAAGCGAAGGACCUGUGCUUUCUAUCCGAUAUUCAUUAGAUCUCAAACUUCUGGCUAUCCAGCGAUCAAGUCAUGAGAUCCAGAUCUGGAACAAAGAGACUGGGGAUACAUGCAGUCAAAAGUGUAGGCCUGAGUCAGAAAGUAUUCUGGGAUUCUUUUGGACAGACUGUCCAACUUGUGAUAUCGUGUUUGUGAAAACCAGUGGGCUGGAGUUAUUCUCAUGCAAUGCUGGAUCAAGGUCUCUCCAUUUAGUUGAGACAAAGAAAUUGAACAUUAGUUGGUUUAUCUACACCCAUGAAAGCAGAUUGGUGCUGCUUGCCUCAGGAAUGCAGUGCAAGAGUUUUACAGGUUACCAGCUCUCAUCUGCUGGAAUAGUCCGCUUACCCAGGUUUGAGAUGGUGAUGGCAAAAUCUGAGGCGAACGAUAAGCCCAUUCUUGCCGCUGAAGAUGUACACAUUAUCACUGUGUAUGGCAGGAUUUAUUGCCUGCAGUUUGAUAGAGUUGCAAUGCUACUUCACUCAUAUAGAUUCUAUCGAGAUGCUGUAGUACCACAGGGUUCUCUGCCAAUUUACUCGAAUAGAAUUGCUGUGAGUGUGGUUGACAAUAUUUUGCUAGUUCAUCAAGUGGAAGCAAAGGUUGUCAUUAUAUACGAUAUGUUUGCAGAUUCACAAGCACCGAUUUCUGCUCCACUUCCACUGUUGUUGAGAGGUUUUUCUAGAGCUAAUGCUGCUUCCUCUCAAAUCACUUUGAAAACUUCUGGAGCUUCAGAGUCAAAAGAUCUGAGUGACACUGAAGUAACUAUCUAUGGAGACCAGUGGAAUUUUCUUGUGCCUGAUCUUGUGUGUGAUGUUUCUAAUGGGUUUUUGUGGAAAAUCAAUGUGGAUUUGGAGGCAAUUUCGGCAAGUAGCUCAGAAGUUCCACUGAUCCUUGAGUUCUUGCAAAGAAGGAAACUGGAAGCAGACAAGGCUAGAAACUUGUGCUUGGGGAUCAUUCGCACUAUUAUUUUGGAACGAAAGCCCGUCCCCAUGGUUUCCAGGGCUAUAGAUAUUUUACUCACAGCAUACUCGCAUGCAAUUAAAACAGGCAGUUAUUACAAGAGAAUCAUAGCAGAAGAAACUUCAGCUUCUGGUGCUUCCAAUCUAAGUCGGCCCAGUGUAGUUGUCAAUGAGUCCAUCAUUGGGGUUGAUGCAUCUGGUGGCACAGAGAAUGAAUCUUACAGAUCUAAUUUGAGAACUUCAGACUCUGAUGGUAGUCUGAAGAUGAACUCCCAAAAUCCUGAUGAACCAAUUGGUAGAACAGAGAGGGGGUACUUGUUGGAGCCUGAUGCAGCAGGUGGCGAAGUUCCCCCAACUGGGCAAUCUCGAAUUCUUGGGCCUACUAGUAAUAACCAGUUAAAUUCUAAUGCUUCUGAGAGGCACCAACCCCAAGUGACUGCUUCAGCCGCAGCUUCACCUGCUGAUUUAUAUGGCACUGUGUUUGCUCCAGUUGACGAAGAGAUGGGAGGAGAUGGAUCUUACUUGACGGCUAUCCUUGUUGAGUUUCUCCGAAGUGCUAGCUUGGAAAAGUUAAAGGUGAAUCCUAAUAUCUAUGUCUUGAUGGUACAAAUACUCGCACGGGAUGAGCGUUAUGCCGAACUUGGUUUAUUUGUUAUGAAUAAGAUUAUUGAGCCUUCAAAAGAAGUGGCACUGCAACUACUGGAAUCUGGCCGUCAGAAUCUUCAAAUCAGGAAGUUGGGCCUGGGUAUGCUAAGACAGCUCUCCUUGCAUCAUGACUAUGUUUUGCUGCUUGUACAAGAUGGUUAUUAUCUUGAAGCUCUACGCUAUGCAAGGAAGCAUCAGGUCAAUACAGUGCGGCCCUCUUUGUUUCUUGAAGCAGCUCACGCUUCUAAGGAUCCACUACAUGUGGCUGUGGUUCUAAGAUUCUUUUCUGAUUUCUUUCCUGGCUUUAAGAGCACCACUGAUCACCACAUGUACCAUCGCAUUGUUGCUGAGAUGAAUUCAUGAAUUGCCGCCUGCGUUGUUGUGGAAAUUUUUGACAUAGAAUCCGAAGCGAUCAGUGGAAUAUGA